AUGAUGGUUUUUACAGAAUUUUUGAUAUGGCAAAGCAUUGAGGAUAACAAUAUUUCAUUAGUAAGCGAUAGGCUGCAGAGCUCUUCAAAAGUUCUGGCUGAUAACAUAUUAUGCUGUCGUUUCAUCGCGGACGCAAUCAUCCAUUUGGCUGUUGACCAGUUUUUGGCCAGGAGCUCAGAGCUUGACUCGUCUUUUAUUUCUACUCUCGAUGCUUUUCGCCGUUUACAGUUCUCAACAGUAGGAGAACUAAGCGAUGUUGACGUUUCAAAAAACGCCGCUUCUUUUCUGGAUAAGCUUUUCAGACAAAAAUGGGCUACAAAUGGAGUAUCCUUUCCAGCAAUGAAUUCCUUAUUGAUCCUUUAUUGUGAUCUUCCCCUUUAUUCCACACCUGCAUUUUGUAGAUACAAGUAUUUGGCAGCUACAGCGUUCUUUCUAAUAACCUUUAGUGACAAUGACAGCAAUGUGUUUGAAGCAUGUAUGGAAAUAAUGGAAAAACUUUCAAGAAGCGUUUGUACUUUGUCACUGGAACCCACUGUUGUAGGGGAUUUUUUUACCCAUCGGCUGGCUUUCCUUGAGAAACUGCCAUCUGCUGGUCAGGCCUGGAGAAAAGUAGCGAAUGCGUGGAGUGCAGUCAUUGCAAUCUGUAAUCACAAUUUAAACGAAGAUUCAAUAAAUCGACUUUGCCCUGCUUUGAGUUUUACUGAAAUUUCUGCCACUGACUGCUGGACAUGGGAACAGGUUAUCAGGUCUCUUAAAUAUUUCCUAUCCGAUACUUUGGCUUGCUUUCUGAACGUUUUCGAACUUUAUAUCAUGACCGAUCUCUACGCUACAACGCAAAUCGUAAAUAAAAGCAAAACACAAUUAUUAUCCGUUUUGUUCAAAUCAACGAAGUGGGAAGAAUUGUUAGGUAGUGAUGAAGAACAAAUUAUUGGAGUCUUAGAGAAGGACAAUAACAUAGUACAACACUAUUCGGGGCGGUGGUCCGUACUGUUCUUAUGCUGGGACGAUGUUCCUAGAAAUGUGCGAUCUUCACUGAUGAAAAAAUUUUUUGACAAAAAAGAUGUGAAAAUUUUGAGAAGGCUAACGAACUGCAUGAUUGACAGAAAACUCAAAGUUGAUAAAAUAACUUUGCAAAGUGCUCUUAAUUUUCAUCUGAAAUAUAUCCCUAUGCUAUCUGGACGCUCCUUGGAAGAUUUGGAUUGGAAAUCAUUGAUUUGUUUACAGCGCGCUGGUGUUUCCGCUGAUGGUGCGCUUACCCAACUGCCAGCGGAGAAAGUGGGUUUGCUUGUAAAGUGUCUUUCCUAUCGUGUUGAAUAA